GGGAGCCUCUUUAAAAGCCCGGCUGGGCCCGGCGGUAUGGGUGCAAGGUGAGGAGAGAGCACGCGUAAUCAGCUCCCACUGCCCGUGCUGCCAAAUUGGUGACAAACGGACACAGCAGGACCCUCGGACGGAGCCAGGUGGCCGCAGGCAGCGAUGGCAGAAUGCACAGAGCUGGAAUGGGCCGUCCAGGUGCUGGUGAACAAUUUUGACAAGUACUCAAGCCGCCGCUGCUGCUGCAAGAAGCCACGGCGUAUCAGCAAGAAGGAUUUCCGCAAGAUGCUGAGCUGUGAGCUCAACCACAUGCUGACGGACACUGGGAACCGUCGAGCGGCUGACAAACUCAUCUGUGACCUGGACGAGAACAAAGACGGGCGCAUCAGCUUCGAGGAGUACUGGACCUUGAUAGGCGGCAUCGCAAGCCCCAUUGCCCAAAUCAUCCGCCAGCAGGAGCAGAGCGUCAAGCACACCAAGUAGCCGGCUGCAUCUGGACCCUCCCCAGGCUCAGCCUGACGGGCUCAGCCCCUGCUUCUCCAUGGCUCCCCGCUUCUCGCCUCUCCCGCUGCCGAGCCGCGCCCUGAGCCCCAGCUUGCCCCAGGGCACCCCAGUCUCCCACAGCUUUGCCGACUGAGCCAUGCCAGAGUGUGAUCAGGGCAGGAAGAUCCUGUGGGUGGGAGCUGAGGGGUGCAAGGCCACCACAGCCUUGGGGCGUCCUCCUUAACCCACGCCAUGCCAUCCCUGCCCUUGCCCUCUUCUGCAAGCCUUGUCCUUGCUGGGCUACUGGGCAAGAAGCAAAGGGAGAGGCUUCCCCUCAUCUAGGACAUGAAUUCUGUCUGUUCUCAGACCUCUGGGGUGCAGCCCUGCUGGCAGAAACCCCAUCACAACCGGGACCCCCUCUCCCAUUGGAGCUCCCCCUCAAAGUCAGGGGUCUUCUUGGGAAAAGUGUGCCUUUCCCCCUGCCCAAGCUGGUGAAGGGUCUGCCCUGCCUGUGCUGCCUGGUGCUCUGGUCCUUUGGGCUCGGGGAGUGGCGCGGUCCCAUCUGGGCAACACCGCAGUGGUUAUUUAUUGCAGCAAUAAAGUUUGGAGGAGCAGU